AUGAUUUUUGGUACAUGGAAUGUUCAAGGGAUAAGGGGAAAAUUGGUGGAGGUCGAGAAGGUUAUGAAGCAAGGAAAAGUCGACAUCGUUGCCUUAACCGAAACGAAGAAGAAAGGAAACGGUAUAGAACAAGUUGGAGACUAUAUUCAUGUUUACAGCGGAGUCCCUAAAAGCAAUAGAGCAAGCAAAGGAGUAUCUUUACUGAUUAAAAAAGAACUUAAACACAAACUUACAGAUUGGGAAGCUGUAAAUGAGAGGAUAAUCUCAGCAAAUUUCAACCUAAAAGGACAUAGAACAACUGUCAUAGGUGUUUAUGCCCCGAACGAAGAUGCUACCGUCCUUGAAAAGGAUCAGUUUCAAGAACAAUUGGAGGAUGUACUCGUGAGGGUUGGUAAUCAACGUGAAGUGAUCUUACUUGGCGACUUCAACGCUCGGACAGGACGAAAGAAAAAUGAUAAGGUCAUUGGAGAAUAUGGUGAAGAAGUUCUGAAUAAUAAUGGUCAACGACUAAUACAGUUCUGCGAACAACAAAGUCUCAAAAUUUUAAAUGGGUUUUAUCCACAUAGAGAUAUUCACAAGUACACUUGGCGCCAACAAACCAGAGGCCUACGAUCAAUCAUCGACUAUGUGAUAGUAAAACAAAACAUCAGAUGGAAAGUUCGAGACGUAAGAGCAUACCGAGGAGCAGAUUGCGGGUCGGAUCAUUAUUUGAUAAAAGCACAAGUUUUUAUACCGUUCAAAAAUGAUAGAGAACAGAACGAAGCACAAUUGCAGGGAGAUAAAUUGGAGGAAGUUAGAUACAACUUGGACGGAUUUUACCACCAGAGCACUAAAACAUUGUAUCAAAGCCGCCUGGACCAAAAACUGAAUGAAAGUUUCUUAGAAGAUACUCCGAAUGCACUAUAUGAACACAUAGUUAAAACAUUACACACUGCGGCCAAAGAAGCACUAGGUGAAAGGAAAAAUACCAACUCACACAAUGCUCAGCUUACUUGGAAUGAUGAGAUGGAGCAACAAAAACGGAUUAAACAGCAUGCAUAUAACAGGAUGCUCAACUCUAAUGAUAUUAAUGAUAAUAUAUCAUAUAAACGUGAACGAGCGAAGUUCAAACGUAUGGUGAUCCAGAACAAAGACGAAACAUGGGAGAGGAAAUGUCAAGAAAUAGAGUCCCAUAUUGGAGGAGCAAGAUCGUCCGAAUCAUGGAAACUAAUCAAGGAACUGAGGAGAGAAAGCGCAAACAAGAUCAAUUUGAACCCAAUAAAACUGGAAAGAUGGAAAGAAUACUUUGAGCAGGAACUGAAUGAAGACAGAGAACAAUAUUUAACACACUCACCAACUAAUUACACCAUCCAGGGACAGCAUAUACAAGUCAAAGAGGAAAUGGUUUGGAAAGCAUUAAAGAGCAUGAGAAACAAAAAAGCUGCAGGACCUGAAGGAAUCCCAGCAGAGCUGCUGAAAAAUGGCACAGAAAAACUGGUGAAGAUGUUGCGCCAUCUAUUCGAGAAGUUUAUAAAUGGAGCGGCAAUACCGGAAGUUUGGAAGGAAGCUUGGAUCACACCAAUCCAUAAAAAAGGAGUGAAGAGUGAGUGCCAAAACUAUAGAUGCAUUUCAGUAACGAGUACCUUCAGUAGAAUAUAUGGGAAAAUAUUGAGAAAAAUAAUCGAAGACGAAUACGAUCCCUAUGAUAUUGAACAACAAUCAGGUUUCAGAGCUGGCAGGUCAUGUGUAGACAACAUCUUCAGCAUCAACCAAAUAAAUGAGAAAAAAACAGCAACAAAUCGAGAAGUUCACCUUCUAUUUGUAGACCUCACGAGGGCAUACGAUACAGUUCCGAUAAAGAAACUGUGGCAGGUAUUAGAAAUGUCACCAAUCAACAGCACGGCAAUCAGUGCAAUAAAACAAUUAUACGGACAAUCUUACUCAAGAGUAAAACUGGGAAAAUCUCUCUCGCCAACCUUCACAGUUACAAAAGGUCUCAGGCAGGGCUGCUGUUUAUCCACCACUCUAUUUAAAAUAUACUUAAAUGAAGCUUUGAAGAGAUGGAGAAGAUCUUGCCAUGGAAUGGGAAUUCAGCUUACAGACGAUACAGCACUUUACACACUUCACUUUGCGGAUGAUCAAGUUGUGAUUGCACAAGAUAAAGAAGAUCUGGAGUUCAUGUCAAGAAGACUUUUCGAAGAAUACCAAAAUUGGGGUCUCACAGUAAAUCUAAGAAAAACCAAAUAUAUGUGCGUUGGCGGAGAGAAAGAAAAGUUGAUGGUGAAUGACGACGUUGAAAUAGACGCCUGCGAUGAAUACAUCUAUUUAGGGACGAAAAUAACAGCAGAUGGAAGAACACAAAACGAAAUAGAGAGCAGAAUAAACAAGGGAAAAACAACCAUAAGACACUUAAACUCGAUCCUAUGGUCCAAAAGCAUUUCAGCUGAGAAGAAACGCUAUAUUUAUUCCUCUGUGUUCAAGAGUAUCGUCCUAUAUGGAAGUGAAACAUGGCAGUUAACAAAAAGCCUUGAAAAAAGACUUCUAGCUCUUGAAAUGGACUUUUGGCGAAGAUCAGCCCGAGUAUCGCGAAUGGAUAGGAUGAGAAAUGAAAGAGUAAGGGAACUUAUGAAGGUAGAAAAAACAAUAAUAGAGGAUACUCAGCAGAAGCAGCUCAUUUGGUAUGGACAUGUUGAGAGAAUGUCAGAUCAAAGAAUUCCUAAACUUGCUCUGAAGUGGGUACCGAGGGAAAGGAAGAAGCGAGGAAGGCCAAAGGUUACCUGGAUGAGCGGCAUACAAAAAGCAAUGUCUGAGAGAAAUCUGAGACCAGGAGAAUGGGAGGAUAGAAGAGGCUGGAGACUGGGAACCGGAAGGCGUAGGACGCUAUAA